AUGGAUGACCAUCUACGGAGCAGAUUGACCAAGUGCGCGCACAAAGACGAAGUUUGCUUCCUAGCAGCCUGGAAGGCAAGGCUUGGCAUUCAGCUCCCACUCCACCUGGAUCACGAAGCGCUACAGCUCCAGGUUAAGGUGGCCAUGAUCGUUAUGGUCGUCAACGAUUUUGUGACCCGAAUCAAUCGUCAGCGCGCAUACGCCGCCGAGUCUUCAUAUGGGCAUCGAUUGGCAGUCACCGUGGAGCACAGCGCUGGAGCAAAGCUGGUGGGGUUGUGCUUCUCUUCGCUUGGCUCGGCCAAUCACGAGGCCCAACAACCUGGAAAUCAUUCCAAUCGACCGAUGCGAAAGGAUGGCCUUGAAGUCGCUGGAUUACGUACGUCUUUCGCAGCGCGGAAUGAUGUGCCUGACAUAGGGGUGCAGCCGACACUGCGCAGCGCGGUAGGAGAGACUUCCCGCAGCUCCGCGACCCUUGAUGCCACCCCCUCGAGUUGGUGGUCCCCUGUUCUUGCACAGACAUGUCCAUUUCGGUCAGCCAAAGACGACCACCCAGCAGCAGUCCCACCCACACCUUUUACCCCUGGCACACCACCCCGCAACACGCCUCCACCACCACAAAUCACAAUCACCACCACCACCAUCGCAGACCCCUGCUCAGCUAGCCUGGCGUGUCUGGGCGUCACGAAGGUGUCUUCAUCUACGGAUAUUAGUCUCUACCAGACGGCGCACUAG